AUUCGAUGUUUGAUAAAAUUGUAUUCACGCCGGUAGCCAGGUCGGAUAUAUAUUGCUUUUACCGUGUAGCUCAGUAGUAAAGAUACUGCCCAAAAUGUCAUCCGACCAAGCCCGAAUAAUGAUCUGGAGUACACCGAGAUCAUUAUCGACUGCGUUCACCCGUUCGAUGUCAGCCCGAGGUGAUACCAAGAUCUUCUGGGAGCCUUACCUAAACUGUUAUAGUUAUGGUCGUGAUAGAACAUUGCAUUGGGCAGAUGAUAUACCAGGAGUGAUUAAUGACAAGUACACGUUUAACUACGUGAAUGAUAUGAUGGGAAAAUUUCAAUCAGACUCAAAAGUUCUCUUCGCCAAAUGCAUGAUCGAGGGGAUCACCGGUAAUUUUGACGUCGUUGCACCUGGUUACAAACACACUUUCCUCAUCCGACAUCCACUCAAGAUGUACAGAUCCUUUGAGAAACUCUCCGAAGAUCUAGUUCCGAUCGACUACAAGACCACAUUCAAGAACAUCUAUCAAGAACUGGAGAAGUUUUACGACCACGUGAUCAAUGAGCUUGGCCAAUCAGCGCCUCCGAUCAUUGACGCUGACGAUCUUCUCGCGCAACCUAAAACGGUGCUUUCAAAGUAUUGCGAGUUGAUUGGCAUUCCAUUCACACCUAAGAUGUUAAAAUGGGAUUGUGUAGAAAAUUUCUCCGUUCUUGAUUGGGAAUGCACGGAUGUUGGAGCGAUCACAAGACCAGAACAUACUGAGGGUCUUACAAUGUCAAAGGCUUUACAGAGUACAGGUUUUGGAGAUGGCUCAAAGAAGAAAACAAAUUAUUCCAGCGAAGAUUAUUCUGAUGACGUGAAAGAGUGUGCAGAGCAUGCUUUGCCUGUAUACGAGAGAUUAUAUGACCUCCGAAUCAAAAUUUGAUGCACUCUAACAAUGCACUCUAACUUCCACACGGUCUAGUUAUACUCCAACAAAGAUAUAAGUUUAUGAUGAAAGAUUGACUUGACCUUUUUCGGGUGAUCAGAAUUAGUACCCUGACUUACUUAAGUUGGCUAUUUGAUAUUAUUUUCAUUCCGUUAAUACCUUCAAAUACUACCAUUAUCGUUUACUAUAUGAAUGCUAAGCAGUGCCCCUUCCUCAAUGAUUGUAACUGAUUCUGCCAUAAUGAUUUUUUUCCAAUAUGUAGAUCGUGUAAUUCCAUUCCUGCUGAUCUAUGAAUAAUAUAUUCUAUCAAUAUUCAUCUUUGUUAAGACUUGUCUUAGCUUUUUCUCUCGUAUGCUGUUUGUAUUAACACUGUUGCAUCGCUUGUACAUGUUUGGGUUAUUCAAUUAUAUUCACCGUAUUAUUGGACAAAAUAUUAUAUCAUGAUUAUGUGUUUUAAUGUUAUGUGAAUAAAUGAUAUGAAUAUAAGUUAUUCUUAUCAUUCAGGACUAAGAUAAUAAACAUUAUACCCUGAUAUUAUCAUGUUAAGUUAUGUUCGAAUGAAUUAAAAAGAUGAUCUGGCGAAUGAAAAAAAAAAGUUAUGACAUGAUUAAUUUGGAUAUUUGAAGGGACUGGAUACUGUUAGCACUAACUCUGUCAAAAGAGAUCCUAUAAGAACCAUAAAUAAAUGCGACCUUUCUCCUUCUGUGAUCAAAUAUUAUCUGAUAUUAUAUUGACAUAAAGCUGGGUUGGUAAACAGCAUCUAGAACCGAUACAUAUUUUUGUUACACUCUACAUGUGCUAGUAGCCUUAGUGAGUAUACUGCUAUAUCUUCGUCUUAAAGUAAGUGCUGUUUCGAUUAUUUUUCCUAUACUAACUUAUUGUUAAAGAUGGCUUCAAAGGUGCUAUAAAAUAUGAGAAACAAAUAAUGAAAAAGCUUUGGCUUUCAGUUUGAAACACUAGUAUAUUUCAUCGUACUGUACCAUACUUCUUCCGUCGUUGAAUAACGUGCUUGUGUUUGUGCUUUCAACAUUUUCUUACCUCCUAAUAUAAAUAGAUUUAUGCUUUCACAUAAUAGGUUAGUGUUAGUGGAAA